AUGGUGGAACCUGAUCCCAGAGGAGUAAUAGAACAUGCCACCGAGAAUCUAUGGGCCUCCAGGGCUUUCAUGGUAAGAGGAGGAAAAGACUACUACAGCUUUCAAGCUGUAGAGACCUAGUGGACUCCCUGAAAAAGGACAUUUCAAGCUGUAGAGACCUAGUGGAAUCCCUGAAAAAGGACAUUUCAAGCUGUAGAGACCUAGUGGACUCCCUGAAAAAGGACAUUUCAAGCUGUAGAGACCUAGUGGACUCCCUGAAAAAUGACAUUUCAAGCUGUAGAGACCUAGUGGACUCCCUGAAAAAGGACAUUUCAAGCUGUAGAGACCUAGUGGACUCCCUGAAAAAUUACAUUUCAAGCUGUAGAGACCUAGUGGACUCCCUGAAAAAUGACAUUUCAUGUUGGAAAUGCAUUGCCUCCCUCAAAAUACAUAUCCCUAUUUUUAAGACAUACAGAACAUCAGUUUGCCACUAUCUGUAAUGUGUUAUUAUAAUUAUUGUUAUUCACUCAUAAUUAUUAUUGUCCAUUCAAUAACUGAUAGUUGCACAUUGCUACUAGACUGUCUGUAGUAUGUGAACACGUUUGCGUGGCAUUUAGAAUAACUGGAAUUUCAAUCAAACUUUAUUUAUAUAGCACAUUUCUUACAAAGAAUGCAUUUCAAAGUGCUUAACAAAUAAAAUAACUAAAGGUGAGAGAUAAAAACACUAUGUUUUCUAUACAAAUAUACACUGAGUGCACAAAACAUUAGAAACACCUGCUCUUUCCAUGACAUAGACUGACCAAGUGAAUCUAGGUGAAAGCUAUGAUCCCUUAUUGAUGUCACCUGUUAAAUCCACUUCAAUCAGUGUAGAUGAAGGAGAGGAGACAGGUUAAAGAAUGAUUUUAAAGCCUUGAGAAAAUUGAGACAUGGAUUGUGAAUGUGUGCCAUUCAGAGGUGAAUGGGCAAGACAAAAUAUUUAAGUGCCUUUGAACUGGGUAUGGUAGUAGGUACCAGGCGCACCGAUUUGUGUCAAGAACUGCAACGCUGCUGGGUUUUUCACACUCAACAGUUUCCUGUGUGUAUCAAGAAUGAUCCACCACCCAAAGGACAUCCAGACAACUUGACACAACUGUAGGAAGCAUAGGACAGCAUCCCUGUGGAACGCUUUCAACACCUUGUAGAGUCCAUGCACCAACGAAUUGAGGCUGUUCUGAGGGCAAAAGGGGGUGUUCCCAAUAUUUUGUACACUCAGUGUAUCAUGCUGAAUAGUGAUUUGUCCCACAACACUUUUGUCUGUAACAAAUGUUUUUACUUCAAGGCCUUAAUGUGUUUUAAAGCCAAACUUUUUAUAAGUGUCUUCACAAACAAGUGUUGGUUAGAUUUUCGCUCAACUCCACAACAUCAAUUUGUAGGACGCAGAUAGAGGUUUGAAUUGAAAGCUUUCUCUCACUGUUUUCACUGAAAUACAUAUUGUGUAGAAUUAACUUUAAUGUUAUGUUUAAGUAUUUGAGUAGUUGUGUGUUUCGUGUACAGUGAUGAUGUUGGCACUUUUGAAUGUAAGAAACACUCCUGUACCUGAGCAUGUCAGUCAGUGUGAACACCUAAUGUUGUCAAUCAUCUGAGACUGCUGUCCCCUUCUGAUGAUGUCAUAUGUUUGGUUGCCCCGCCCCCCUGACCCUUUGAGAUGACCCACCUGGUUUCUGUGGUUACCAGACUGUCCAUGUGCCACAGGUGUAUCUCAGAGUACUAGAUCUGGGAUAUGUUUAGUCUUUUUAGAGAGAAGUAUACCAAUACCUGAACAUAUUGUUGUAUUUACAGUAAUGUAUCUAUCAAAUGUUUAUACCCUGAUAGCCAAACACUUCAAGCUGCCUUUUUUCUAAUUCAUUUAUAUCUAUAUCAAGAUCAAUUUGUACAUUUGUUACAGAUGGGUUUGUUAUAAUCUGCAAGGGCAGGCACAUCUCUGUGUUUAUACUGGAAGAAGAAAUUGACAUUUAGCAGUUUGCUUUAGUGGCUUCGAGUCUAUUCUGAAGGUCUACUGUGUAUAUACGUAAUUUAUGCAUAAUUCCACUUGGCUAAUGGACAAUAAAGGCUAAAAAAUGACAUUUGUGUUCACUCCAUCAAUUCUUUCAUUGUGUCAGGUUGCUAGGAUACCUUAAAUGACCUUAUCAAGAAUCAGAGCCAUAUAAAGAGAUAUGGCCCUGUCAAGAACUAUCUAAUACUGUAUUUCAGACCCUCUUUUGAAUGAUGUACUGUACUAUGGCUGCAUUUUCCCAGAUAAAAAAAGGUAAAGAUCGUAAGAAAGAUCUUCAAAUUUCAAAGAUGAGUAGUCUAAUUUCAUCAAUUAUAUUUUGUCACCAGAUAAUUUGUUGUUGUCUUUCUUUGAGCCCUGAAACGUAAAGGAAAAUGUGCAGUGGUUACUGCUUAUGGCUAUCCAUUGAUGUUGAUGAUGACGUAUCACUGUAAAAUGGAGCACCCCAAUUCACCCCAGACCUCGAGGAAUUUGACAUUUACACUACGUUAACAUGGAACUUAAACAUGAAUCAUUCUUCUAGAGUUAUUAAUAGGAUGUUUUUCAUAUUAUUCUCUCGAUCAGAUUUAGUUUGACAUUUGAAAAAGCCUGAUUUGUUAUUAUUCUGUUGCAUUUAUUUCUUCCCCUGGACUAGACUGAGCCUCUCGUGAGUAGGAACAAGGAAUCCCUCUCCUUGCAGCCUGCUACACUGAGGCCACAAACCCUCUCCCUGCAACCUGCUACACUGAGGCCACAAACCCUCUCCUUGCAGCCUGCUACACUGAGGCCACAAACCCUCUCCUUGCAGCCUGCUACACUGAGGCCACAAUCCCUCUCCUUGCAGCCUGCUACACUGAGGCCACAAACCCUCUCCCUGCAACCUGCUACACUGAGGCCACAAACCUUCUCCCUGCAGCCUGCUACACUGAGGCCACAAACCUCCUUGCAGCCUGCUACACUGAGGCCACAAACCCUCUCCUUGCAGCCUGCUACACGGAGGCCACAAACCCUCUCCAUGCAGCCUGCUACACUGAGGCCACAAACCCUCUCCCUGCAACCUGCUACACUGAGGCCACAAACCCUCUCCCUGCAACCUGCUACACUGAGGCCACAAUCCCUCUCCUUGCAACCUGCUACACUGAGGCCACAAACCUUCUCCUUGCAGCCUGCUACACUGAGGCCACAAACCUUCUCCCUGCAGCCUGCUACACUGAGGCCACAAACCCUCUCCAUGCAGCCUGCUACACUGAGGCCACACACCUUCUCCUUGCAGCCUGCUACACUGAGGCCACAAACCUUCUCCUUGCAGCCUGCUACACUGAGGCCACAAACCCUCUCCCUGCAACCUGCUACACUGAGGCCACAAACCUUCUCCCUGCAGCCUGCUACACUGAGGCCACAAACCCACUCCUUGCAGCCUGCUACACUAAGGCCACAAAUCCUCUCCAUGCAGCCUGCUACACUGAGGCCACAAACCCUCUCCAUGCAGCCUGCUACACUGAGGCCACAAACCCUCUCCCUGCAACCUGCUACACUGAGGCCACAAACCCUCUCCCUGCAACCUGCUACACUGAGGCCACAAACCCUCUCCUUGCAGCCUGCUACACUGAGGCCACAAACCUUCUCCUUGCAGCCUGCUACACUGAGGCCACAAACCUUCUCCCUGCAGCCUGCUACACUGAGGCCACAAACCCUCUCCAUGCAGCCUGCUACACUGAGGCCACACACCCUCUCCAUGCAGCCUGCUACACUGAGGCCACAAACCCUCUCCCUGCAACCUGCUACACUGAGGCCACAAACCUUCUCCCUGCAGCCUGCUACACUGAGGCCACAAACCCUCUCCCUGCAGCCUGCUACACUGAGGCCACAAACCUUCUCCUUGCAGCCUGCUACACUGAGGCCACAAACCUUCUCCUUGCAGCCUGCUACACUGAGGCCACAAAACUUCUCCUUGCAGCCUGCUACACUGAGGCCACAAACCCUCUCCCUGCAACCUGCUACACUGAGGCCACAAACCUUCUCCCUGCAGCCUGCUACACUGAGGCCACAAACCCACUCCUUGCAGCCUGCUACACUAAGGCCACAAAUCCUCUCCAUGCAGCCUGCUACACUGAGGCCACAAACCCUCUCCAUGCAGCCUGCUACACUGAGGCCACAAACCCUCUCCCUGCAACCUGCUACACUGAGGCCACAAACUCUCUCCCUGCAACCUGCUACACUGAGGCCACAAACCCUCUCCUUGCAGCCUGCUACACUGAGGCCACAAACCUUCUCCUUGCAGCCUGCUACACUGAGGCCACAAACCCUUUCCCUGCAUCCUGCUACACUGAGGCCACAAACCUACUCCUUGCAGCCUGCUACACUGAGGCCACAGACCUUCUCCCUGCAGCCUGCUACACUGAGGCCACAAUCCCUCUCCUUGCAGCCUGCUACACUGAGGCCACAAACCCUCUCCAUGCAGCCUGCUACACUGAGGCCACAAACCCUCUCCCUGCAGCCUGCUACACUUAGAGCCAUAAGCAAGAGGAACUGCUCAUUGUAUUUCCCUAAGUGGUGGUGA